AUGCUAAAAGCUAUUCCGAAAGAAUACCACGACACUUCCAAGGGCACUUUGAAGCUUCUGUGGGAGGAAGAAUGGCGAGCUAUUGGCAUUACCCAGAGUCUUGGCUGGGAGCAUUACGAAGUCCACGAGCCCGAACCCCAUAUCCUUUUGUUCAAACGUCCUCUCAACUACCAAGCGCCACAGUGA